AUGAUGUCAGACUCUUCUGAUCACAGUGAUCACAUCCAACAACCCUUGAAGAGUAAAAAUGACUCCAAAGCAUUUAGACACAAGAAUUAUAUUAAAAUACACAUGAGAAUACAUACUGGAGAGAAACCUUUUACUUGCUCUGUUUGUAAGAAGAGUUUUUCCAUUAAGCCUGCCAUGACCAGACACAUGAGAACACACACUGGAGAGAAACCUUUUACUUACUCUGUUUGUAAGAAGAAUUUCUCCAGAAAGUCUAACAUGUCCUCACACAUGAGAACACAUACUGGAGAGAAACCUUUGACUUGCUCUGUUUGUAAGAAGCGUUUCUCCACAAAGCAACAUAUGGUCACACACAUGAGAACCCAUACUGGAGAGAAACCUUUUACUUGCUCUGUUUGUAAGAAGUGUUUCUCCAGAAAGCCUGACAUCUCCAUACACAUGAGAACACACACUGGAGAGAAACCUUUUACUUGCUCUGUUUGUAAGAAGAAUUUCUCCAGAAAGUCUAACAUGUCCUCACACAUGAGAACACAUACUGGAGAGAAACCUUUGACUUGCUCUGUUUGUAAGAAGCGUUUCUCCACAAAGCAACAUAUGGUCACACACAUGAGAACGCAUACUGGAGAGAAACCUUUUACUUGCUCUGUUUGUAAGAAGUGUUUCUCCAGAAAGCCUGACAUCUCCAUACACAUGAGAACACACACUGGAGAGAAACCUUUUACUUGUUCUGUUUGUAAGAAGAGUUUCUCCACAAAGUCUAACAUGUCCUCACACAUGAAAACACAUACUGGAGAGAAACCUUUGACUUGCUCUGUUUGUAAGAAGCGUUUCUCCACAACGCAACAUAUGAUCACACACAUGAGAACACAUACUGGAGAGAAACCUUUUACUUGCUCUGUUUGUAAGAAGUGUUUCUCCAGAAAGCCUGACAUCUCCAUACACAUGAGAACACACACUGGAGAGAAACCUUUUACUUGUUCUGUUUGUAAGAAGAGUUUCUCCACAAAGUCUAACAUGUCCUCACACAUGAGAACACAUACUGGAGAGAAACCUUUAUCCAAGUGGUAUUGCUCCGCUGAAUAA